UUUUCAAACAAAAUAAGGCAAAAUGGUGGAUUCCGCCGCGAGAGGAUAGAAGUAGUCGUGCAUCAUUUAGAAAGAACGCCAGAAAUCAUACAUAAGCGAUUCGUUACCAGGAUUAAGGCAUCAAAAUGUUUCCUUCUGGACCUCAAAAGCCCAAGGGCCUGGGAUUUUCAGGAUUCGCAAUGCAAACCAAGAAGCCUAAGGAAAAAGUUCUCCCACAAUUGGGUAACAAACUCGUCGCUAGUUCGCAGUCUAGAAGCGACCUUUUCAAGCCAGAGCAGAGCAAAGAAUCGGAGAUGUACAACCCGUUCGAACCAACAACCGAACCAAUACAAGCACACAAAAAGCAAGAUAAAAAGCCGAAAAAGAAAAGAAAGUCGAGAUGGGAUACUGACGAUGUCCCAUACCAAAGGUCAGCAAACAGCCCUCCUCCAUAUCAAAGAACAAGUGAUGAUGAAGAUGAGGAUGAACUUGACAAAUUUAUGGCUGGCAUUGAGAAUGAUCUAGAAAAAGAGGAAAUCGAAGCAAAGAAACAAGAGGAGCAAGAAAAAGAUGCUGGUAAAAGCAAGGGAAAAAGAACUGAUAUUGAUGAUGAAGAUGAUCAAGAGUCUUAUUUUAAUGCUGUCAAAGAUGGCCUCAUUGUCCCAUAUCCAGAUGAUGAGGAUCUGUGGGAUUAUGACAGUGAUGGAAAUCCAAUACCACCAGAAAAGUCAAAGAUGAUUGAACCAUUGCCGCCCAUUGAUCACUCAGAGAUUGAUUAUAAAAAUUUUGAUAGAAAUUUUUAUGAGGAACACAGUGAAAUAGCUGCAUUAUCAAGGAGUGAUGUAGAAGCAUUAAGAAAGAAACUUGGCAUAAAGGUUUUGGGUGCUGAACCUGCAAAACCUGCGAUUAGCUUUGCACAUUUUGGAUUUGAUCUCUUCUUGAUGUCUUCAAUCAGAAGGUCAGAGUACUCACAACCAACUCCCAUUCAGGCACAGGCUGUCCCAGUUGCCUUAAGUGGCAGAGACAUUAUAGGGAUUGCCAAAACUGGCAGCGGAAAAACUGCAGCCUUCAUCUGGCCCAUGUUAGUUCACAUAAUGGCACAGAAUGAACUCAAAGACGGCGAUGGUCCCAUUGGGCUUAUUUGUGCACCCACAAGGGAAUUGUGCCAACAAAUUCAUGCCGAAGUCAAAAAGUUUGGAAAAUGCUACAAUUUGCGGAGUGUUGCUGUGUAUGGUGGAGGCAAUAAAUGGGAGCAGUCAAAAGCUUUGCAGCAAGGAGCUGAAAUUGUUGUCGCUACUCCUGGACGAUUAAUCGACUUGAUCAAAGCCAAAGCUACGAAUUUUCAAAGAGUCACGUACCUGGUCUUUGACGAAGCAGAUAGAAUGUUUGACAUGGGAUUUGAACCUCAAGUGCGAUCAAUAGCCAACCAUGUUCGUCCUGACAGACAAUGUCUUUUGUUCAGUGCAACGAUGAAAAAGAAAAUAGAGCGGCUAUGUAGGGAUAUUCUCACCGACCCUAUUCGCAUAGUGAUUGGAGAAAUUGGCGAGGCAAACGAAGACAUCCUGCAAGUAGUCGAGGUCUUUCAAGCACAGGUGCAAAAAUGGGAAUGGCUGUUGAGUCAUAUUGUAGAAUUUUGCUCAGGUGGAAGCGUCCUGAUAUUUGUGACGAAAAAAACCAACAGCGAAGAACUUGCGAAGAACCUGCGGGAAAAGGGGCAUGAGCUUGGUUUGAUUCAUGGUGACUUCGAUCAGUAUGAAAGGAAUCGAGUGUUGAGUGAGUUUAAAAAAGGCGAUUACCCAAUUCUUGUUGCAACAGAUGUUGCUGCUCGUGGGUUGGAUAUCACUUCGAUAAAAACUGUGGUAAACUAUGAUGUCGCUCGCGAUAUCACAACACACACUCAUCGAAUAGGGAGAACUGGCCGUGCUGGAGAGAAAGGCAUCGCAUACACUCUUAUCACUCCCGCUGAUCAAAACUUCUCGGGUGAUCUGGUUCGGAAUUUGGAAGGAGCCAAUCAAAGGGUUCCGGAAGAGCUGAUGGACUUAGCUAUGAAGAAUGCAUGGUUUAGAAAAGCAAGAGCGAGGCAAAAAAGCAAGAGCUCUUCAAACAAAGAAUUCCGGCCUCGAGAUCGUCCUGGCCUCGGACACACUGGUAUCCAGGAUGCAUUAGCACAGAUAGAUAACACACCGUUAGAUGAAGAUGAAGACCUUUCUGAGGGAGGCUUUGGAUCAUCGACACGAAAAACAACAAAAUCUUUGCUGACUUCGUACGCUGCAGCUUCUUCGAUGGGUUCUAGUCGACUCAGCAACAUCAAAUCAGCCUUUUCGACUGGAUAUAGUCGCUUUACGAAGGCUUCAAGCAGCGGGGCCAACACAAUGGAUGUUGGGUCGCAUAACAGCAAUGUUGAGUCGCAAAUGCCGAAAGCAAUGUCGACGUUUCAAGCACCGGAGCCACCAAAAACGAAGAAGACCAAAUGGAGUAGAUGAAGACAGCAGUUUGUAUCAAUGUUUCAGUGCUACGCAGCCAUACGUAGAUGACGGAAAGAUGCGUAAGCAUUUAUGGCAUGGUUCAUGUGAGCACCAUUUACGACACAUAGAUUCGGUGGUUGAGGUGCUCAUUUGACAGAGGACAAUCAAAAACCAAAGCUGUUCUGUCAGAAUGAGAGUUUGGUGUAUUAAUGAACGCUUAACUACGGUAAGAAUUGUGUUUAAAUGGCACUUACAGAAAAUGGAAGUAACAAAGUCUUGCAAAUCUUUAUGAAUUCAGUUGGUGCUAGUCGUACCAGUCGCUUGCAACACCAGACUAAAUGAAGAUUUUUACUGUAGAAUCGUUAUUAUUUUGAAAACGUAAACUGUUUAUGCUUGCGUGUGUUUGUCUGCUUUUAUUAUACACACUGUCAUCAUUUAUGUAUUCUCCA